AUAAUGGUACGGUCCCAUGCUGUCACACUGAGAGUGUACACUUCAAGGGCAGUCAGUACUUUCCACUCCCUCCCGUCAACUAUAUGAGCACUAUCAUGAACAUGCUUAGCAGAGCUGGCCAAAUUCGCAGGUGUGCAGUCGGCCUCAGCCAAGCUAUUAACCAGGUAGCCGCUUCCAGGCAGAAGCACACACUCCCUGACCUGACAUAUGACUAUGGAGCUCUGGAGCCCAGCAUCAACGCAGAGAUAAUGCAGCUGCACCACAGCAAGCACCACGCCACGUACGUCAACAACCUCAACGUCACAGAGGAGAAAUACCAGGAGGCUCUGGCAAAAGGGGAUGUGACAACACAGGUUUCCCUGCAGCCCGCCCUGAGGUUCAACGGAGGAGGCCACCUUAACCACUCUAUCUUCUGGACAAACCUCUCUCCUAAUGGAGGUGGAGAGCCACAGGGCGAGCUCAUGGAGGCCAUUAAGAGGGACUUUGGCUCCUUCCAGAAGAUGAAGGAGAAGAUGUCUGCUGCCACCGUGGCUGUGCAGGGCUCGGGCUGGGGUUGGCUCGGUUAUGACAAAGAGAGUGGAAGACUUCGUAUUGCUGCCUGUGCUAACCAGGAUCCCCUACAGGGAACCACAGGUCUGAUCCCUCUGCUUGGUAUCGAUGUGUGGGAGCAUGCCUACUACCUGCAGUACAAAAAUGUGAGGCCGGACUAUGUUAAGGCCAUCUGGAAUGUCAUUAACUGGGAAAAUGUGACCGAGCGCCUCCAGACUGCCAAAAAAUAAAAACCUAAUCUCCUCGAAAACCCACAAAGUCCUCCCUCACUCUGACCUGGGCCUGGAACAAAUAACAGUUCUUUCUUACAUAGAGUAAAUGAGUGGUGAUAUAAUUUGCAUUCAGACUUUCUAGAGUUUGGAUUUUCAGAUUUUCAGCUGCAUCAAAGUUGAUUAAGUUAACUUUAAGUUGUCUUUAUUGUUACAGAUUACAUUUUCUUUGAGGUAAAUAUAACGCCCUGGACACAUCCAGGUGGAAACAAACUUAAACACAUAUUUGCAAAUGCUUUUUAUCUCAGGUCUGAUCCCAACCAUCAGACUUCUUAAGCGCACAAUCGAGCCUCCUUUCACAACAAGGCUGGCUUUCCUAAAUACACCUACAUGUUGGCUACUGUUCAUGUGAACCUGCUGUCAUAUAAUCAGAGUGCAUAUUCAGUGAGCUUUGUCAGAAUAUGUCACUAAAAUCACAAUGUUAUGCAGUCUGUUUUUGAUGUAUGAUAAUAAAAUAAUAGGAUAUAAUUGUA